AUGUAAGAAGAUUUGCUUCAACCUUCUGCAUUUUAAGCCACAUUGCGUUGUAAAGAUCAUAAAUAAGGAUUAAUUGUUAAAGGGUGUGUAGAGAAGAAUUGCAAGCGAAAGAAAAUUCUUCUUUGUUAAUAGUGCCUUAAUGAGGAUGCUCAUAUGGAACACAAUAAUAAUGUUUUGGGGAUAAAACAAUUUAUUGCUGAAUUCAGUUAAUCUAUAUACUAGGCUACGCAAUAGAAUAAGACGUCGUUGGAAUAGUUUCUAAAUAAUGAUGAAAAUCUUAAAGUAUAUAAAUAUAUUCAAGAUAAUAAACAUCAUCUUAAAAAAGUGAAAGAUAAUAUUGAUACUUAAAAGACUCUUGUGGCUUAGGAUAUGACAUUCAUUGUCGAGUAGUUCUAGUUGUAUUUAUAAUAAGUUAAAGAAAAUGUGUUUCGAAAAUUGGACGGUAUAUAUUCCGACUAUGAAUCCUUAUUUGAGUAAACCAGAAAACAAUUCAAUUCCAAAUUCUUUGCUGCAGCCAAUUAUUUUUUAUCUACUCCCAUGGCACUUACUUGUAAGUUAGGAUAAUAGGGAGAUAAUUCAGAGGAAUACCUAAGGAAAUUAAAAUUAAUUGAUAAUACUAGUCUAGAUAGUCUCUAGGAUUAAUUCACAAAACUAUUAAUAGCAAAUGAGUCACCUAGGAUUUUUGAAUCAGAUUAAUAAAGGUUAUACUCAACAAUAUAAGAACCUUUGUAGAAUUAUUUCUUAGGUUGGUGUUCCAAUUAGGAUCGCAUGCCUUAACCACCUCAAUUAGUAUAACAAUAUUCUAAUAAUUCAUAAUAAAACUAUUAAUUGAAUUCUCCAUAGUCAAAACCAAUAUUACGUGAAAAUUAUCAACUUUCAGAUUCUAUUGUGAUCAGCAAAUCUGGAAUAUAUUGUAAAUUCAGUCGGGCUUUAGACCUUUAAAAAAGAGAAUGGCCUCAUGUCAAAUUGAAUAGGAAGUUCACUUUAGAUUUUACAAUAGGGGCUGUGAUUGGGUUAUCUAAGUCAACAUUUGUGAUGAUUAGUUAAAAUGAUUUGAAAAUGAGAGUAUUUGACACUGAGAAGAAAUCCUUAUUGGCAUUUGAUGGACACACUCAAUAGGUAAACUGGAUAGAACCUUUAUCAGCAAAUACAUUUAUCACAGGAGCUGACGAUGGUUAAGUGUAUCACUGGAUUUUCUAAGGAUAAACUGCAAAAAUCUAGGAUUAAUAUACAUUUUCAAACAAACCGAUUCUAGCAGGUUUGGAUUUGUAAAAUAAUGGGUUUGCAUUUGUUGAUUGUGAUGGAAGAUUGGGAUAUAAGAACAUCACAACAAAGUUGGAAUUAUUUUUAACUAUUGGUAAUUCAAGAUUGCAGGGUCGAUCAAGGAAGUAUAAAAUGGCUUUGAUUAAACCUGGAGAACUGUUUUGUGUUUAUGUGGCUGGAGAAUAGGGAGCUACUAUUAUAUAAGUGAAUGAGAAGGAGAAGCAAUUAAGAAAGGUGAAUGCAAACACAUUGCCUUGCAGUUAAACAAUGAUCCCAUUAUCAAUUAAUGAAAUGUUGAUAGCCUCUACCAGUGGUGUUAAGGUAUGUAGUACAAAUAGGGAUGAUAUUUUACAAGGUAAUGAUGUUGAUGUUGUUUUGUUGGAAUUUACUCUUAGUCAAAUAAUGUUUGCUCUUUGUAUUCCAGUUGAAAUUGGUUAAUGUAUGUAGUAUAGGAUAUUAAAAAAGGAUAAUGGUUAGUAUGACAUUCAAUAAAAAGACUUAGUGGUUGAUGGUCUAACCUAACUUUCAUCUAAACUGAAACCAAGAAUCCAAUUGAUUAAAAACUAAGACAAAGUAAUUAUGGUAACUGUGGAUUAGAAUAAAAUUAACUUCUUUGAUAUCACUAUGAAAUGA